UGGGUUUUUCCACUUGCCAGGUUUCUUUAGUGAAAUAUUUUAUUAGAAAAACACUUCAGUAAAAUGCUAUGCUAUAUUCAAACAAAUUCAGUGGCUUUUGUUGUCAGAGUGUUGUAAGUGUUCAUCCUGCUGACCAGAUAUGGUAAGGCUGACUUGUGAUGGUUUUAAAUAAUGAUUUUAAUGUGAAGCUAACUGAUUUUAGUGUUUAUGUUUAUUUAUGAUUUAUUUUAUGUUCUGGCAUUGAAUGUUUGCCAUAUAUUGAAUGUUUGCCUAGUUUAUCCAUGCCUCACAACCUCUGAGGAUGCCUACCAUAGAUGUGGGCGAAACGUCAGGAGAGAAUACUUCUGGAACAUGGCCACACAGCCCAAAAGACACACAACAACCCUUUGCCACAUAUAUUUUGUGCUCCUCCCUGAGUCCCCUUCGGGGUGAGAAGGGCAGAAUAUAAUUGUUUUAAAUAAAUAAAUAAGUGUUAUUACAUUGGGUGAGUUAGUACCCCUUCAUCAUUUAAUGGGUUAUGAUGCUAAAAAGACCAAAACUACUUAACUUCAGGCUAAUCACAAAGGAGUAGGGGAUAUAUUACAUUUGCAGAGAAAUCUGUACUUAAACUUGUUGAGUGCUUUUGAAAACCUUUUCAACUCUUUAAACCUGCUUGCUGCUUUCCUUAAAGCAUCUAACCAUUCUAAUCAUCUAAAUGUUCAUUACCAAUAAUGAAACUGACACUGUUUUUCUCUUUAUUCUUGAGGGGCAUGAAAAGGACAGUUGAGCCAUAGUAGAGCUAAAGCAGGAUGGAUGUCUGCCAGGAGGAAAUGAGCCCAGGUUUAACCUUUGAGGCAUGAAGCACACAGUAUGCUCACUUGAAUUCUAAAGUCUGGGAAUGUGGCAUAAAAGCAUUCCUCUCUCUCUUGCCUCCCUUACACCUCUUUUUUUCUCUCUUUCACUCAAGGAGGCACUGUGAUCUUUUGCCAGACAAAAUAGCUUAGAAUCAAAAGAUGGCAGGUGCGCUUCAAGCAAGGAAGGGAAUUCAUGCUGACAAGCUGACAUCUUUGUCUUGCCCCAUAUCUUGGGAAAAAGCAUAAUUCAGAAAUUCCUUUGGGCCAUUUCAAAUACUAUGGGAGUCUUACAUCAGACAUAUUUUAAUGAUAUGUCAAAGUCCUCACCACAGCUUUCUGAUUUUUUUUUCCCCUGAAGGCUUACUGCUCCGUAGCUACAUUCUUACUACUCUUUUGACUUGUCUGUUCAAUGUGGCUACAAGUUUUUGGAGUAAACAUCCCAGACUUUAACUGGCUGUCCUAUUCAACUGACCAAAGUGACUCAGCUCGUUGCAUUGGAUUUUCUUUUAAAAAGAAAACCUGUCAGUAUUGGUUCUUCCACUUUAAUUGCCAGGGAGCAGAUAGUACUCUUUUCUUCUGUGACUUUGCUCUGGCAUUCUUUAUAUCAAGUAGAGUUGACAGUGUCCAGCAGAAAUUGAAUUAAUGAGACUGUUGGAGCCUGGAGCUUUCACAAUACUGAUGGGUGCUAAGCAAAUAUAGAUUCUGUUAGAUGGGCUUUUUCAUUUUGUAAAGCCAUCUCUUCUCUUUCUAUCUGUCUUGGGAGAAAAGGGAAGGAAGGAAGUCAUUUUCACAAACCUUUAAGCUGAAUCUUGGCUUCUCAAAAAUGGCAGCUAACUUUACUGACAGCUUGUAAUGUGAAACAUAUAUAUCUAGGUUUGGAUAACCCAUUCACCUUGACAUUACUAUUUACUUUGGAGAGCUGCAGUCUAAUGUAGUGAAAAAACACUAGAUGUUUAAGUUCGUACUUUGGAAGCAAGACCAAUAAAUGAUAUUGGAGUGAAUAUUCCUGUAACGGUUGCUAACAUCUCACCUGUCCAGAGGGUUGGGGGGCAAGCCACUUUUUCUUGUUCUACAUCUAUGGAGGUAUUUAGGGUGUGUGCCAGCAGGCUAAGACCUUACACAAAGCCCCUGUUUGUGUUCCUCAUGAAUGCUCUGUCUGUCUGGGAAGGAAGGGCAAGGAACCCAUCAUCGUGCCCAAGACAACAUCUCUCUGCAGUCCCGCUCCCUGCCCCCCUGCUGCGGGGAUCUAGAAUUUCACUUCCACGUGUCUCUCUCCAAACUGAGGUGCCUAGGUGUGCCUCUUUUACCUGGCCUUUGUGGGAAGAUUAUCAUGUUUCCAGCCAGAUUUGGAGGGCUCUGAUGAUGCACAACUCCUGCAUUGUCAGAAGACAGAGUUGGAGAAGUCAGGGCUGCAGCGGGAAUGGAGGAGCAGGCCGGGGCCCCCACCACCCUCUCACCAGAGAGGGUUCCCCCAACAGAAUCCAAAGCCCCUUCCAGAAUAUUCUGGGUCAUCCUUUCUGUCAUUCUGGUCUGCGGAUUGGUCUGCAUCACUGUAGCAGCAGCUCUCAGCUUGACCCAAACUUCGCCCAAGCCCCUUGUGCAGGUGGUCCGGCUAAACUUUCAGAACCAACCUGGGUCCCAGAUGAACCAGUCGGCCAUCAUCAAUAAGUUCAAGGAUACAGUGACUUACUGUGUGACCUCCCCAAGCAACCAGACUUCGACGGUCUUGUUUGACCGCAAGAACGGCUACGUCUGCUACAAGCCCAUGGGGCAACACAGCUGCUACCUGCGGAUGAUGGAUGCCUGGGACCGAGAGACCGUGCAGAUGUCCUUCAACAUGUCUGAGCGCAGGGUGGACCAGGUGCCCCUUCCCAACGGGAGGACCCAGUACUACCGGGAGUUCCUGGAGGUCGUGCCAGGGAAGCCAGUGCGACCAGAGGAGGCCGGGGAGGCUGUCCGAGCCCUAUGCGAGCAGGCCCCCAUCUACUGGGUCAAGAGGAAAGAGGGCCCUCCCAAGCAGCGGCUGAUCUACCUGUGUAUCGACAUCUGCUUCCCAAGCAACAUCUGUGUCUCCAUCUGUUUCUACUACCUUCCUGAGUGACCCUCCCAGGAGUCUGGCCUCUCUUUGCCCCUGCUCUUUUACACUUGAAAAACCCUCUCUCUGCCUAUUUUAUGAUCCAGUCCGGGCUUGAGCUGGAAGAGCAAUGGCACACACAAACAGCUGUGUUGUAUUGCAAUCUUUAUCAGUAUAUACGUUUUAUUUACAAGAA